AUGUUGCAACGGACCCUCCUCGGCCUGGUUGUGGCCUUGAGCCUCGUGGCAAUCGCGCUCGGCGAUGCCAUGCUCCGGGAGCAGCACCACGCGGAGCUGCUCGCUGCUAAGGCCAACCCGCUGCAGGCGUUUGGCGCAUGGAUGGUCAAGCAUGCAAAGCCGUACGCCCAGUCCAACGAUCUGCAGGCCGUCGAGGCCCGUUUCCGCAACUGGCAGGCCAACCUGGAGUUCAAGCGCGUCGGCAGCUCUGCGCGCAUCCCCGGUUUCAAGCAUGGGGAUCUGGCGCUGUCUGACCUGCCCGAGGCCAUUGACUGGCGCGAGAAGGGCGCAGUGGCGGAAGUCAAGAACCAGAUGGCGUGCGGCAGCUGCUGGGCCUUCUCCACCACGGGCGCCAUCGAGGGCAUCAACAAGAUCGUCACGGGCGGCCUGCUGUCACUGAGCGAGCAGGAGCUGGUGGACUGCGACAAGGCGCAGGACUCGGGCUGCCAGGGCGGCCUGAUGGACUACGCCUUUGAGUUUGUGAAGGAGCACGGCGGCAUCGAGCUGGAGAAGGACUACCCUUACACAGGCGAGGACGGCGAGUGCAGCGACGAGAAGGACGGCCCAGUGCAGCUCGUCACCAUCGACGGAUACCAGGACGUGCCACAGUUCAGCGAGAUUGCCCUCAAGAAGGCCGUGUCCCAGCAGCCCGUGUCUGUGGCGAUCGAGGCGGACCAGCGGGCUUUCCAGCUCUACAUGGGCGGCGUGUUUGACGACAAGGAGUGCGGCAGGGACCUGGACCACGGCGUGCUGGUGAGAGGGGGGAUGGGGGUUCAGGGUUUUAUACGAAGGAGGUGA